AUGGCGGUUUUCGAAGAAGCCCAGACGGCACCCAGCACCACCACCACUGCGCAUGUUGAAGACACGGUUGGUGCGUUUCCGGAGUCUCUUCCAGAGGAGCCCGUUGUGGUAUCGUUGAACGACCUGUCCUUAUCCGCCGGUAUACGAGCUAGAAAGGCGGAAUAUAUUCGCCAGAGGAAGAUCAGAGUACGGGUUGGGUCGUGGAACGUUGCAGCUCUGCCCGGGCCGGAGGAAGAUAUUAAGAGGUGGCUUAUACAAGAGCUAGGUGAUAAAGGGAAAGAUUCUGCUAGUGACCGCGCUGCAGAGAAGGGGAAUGAUGGCGUUGAAUGCGCUGGCGAGGGGGGCAGUACCAGGAAUGAGCCAGGGGAUUCAAAUGUCCAGUCACCUAGUAGUGGCUCGUUUGAAGCCUACAACGACGGCCCUGAUCUCUAUAUACUAGGACUACAAGAGAUAGUAGACGUGUCGUCUGCAACGGAGGCUCUGAGGCCAUACGUUGAUCCCGCCCCCUCUGCGAGAUGGAACAAUGCGCUUAGAGAUGCUCUGCCCUCUGGAUAUACCUGCGUCUCUUCUCGGCAACUCGUGGGUAUGCUUCUACUCUUUUACGCUGCUCCGUCGUUGGGCCCUCAUAUAUCGUCAGUAAGUUCUACGAGUAUAGGGACGGGGUUUAUGGGUUAUACGGGUAAUAAAGGAGCAGUCGCAACACGUAUCGUCAUUGGAGAGACGACCCGUCUGGUUUUCAUCAACUCUCAUUUGGCUGCGGGGGCUGAAAAGGCAAACUUGGAACGAAGAAAUUGGGAUGCAGCUCAGAUAAUCUCGCGCGCAACGUUCAGUCUCAUCGACGAGCAAGAUCUUGUCUCUGGCGAGUUGAACCAGCAAUUUGGAACAGAGGAAUUUAGUUUUUGGUUUGGCGAUCUGAAUUACCGGUUGGAUGAUAUCCCUGGAGAUGACGUCCGACGUCUUCUCCAUUUACAUGUCCAGGACGAAUUUCGCCCUGCAAAGCAGAAGCCUGUUGCAGAAGGUGAUGAAAAUGACGAGUCAGUCGUGGAAGGGGUUCGGAAAUCUUUUGAGAGUGGUACCUCCCUGGCGUCGGACGACGGGAUUCGAUUGGAGGAUAAUGAUAUCGAGCCAUCGGAAGACCCGGCGUCUCUUCUGAAUACACUCGCAUCACUUCUGCCUCAUGAUCAGCUUCAAGCCCAACAGAAGAGCGGGAAAUCGUUUCACCAGGGCUGGCAUGAAGGGCCCAUAACAUUCCUACCGACUUAUAAGUAUGACGUUGGGCGAAUAGGGGUAUUCGAUUCGAGCGAGAAACAGCGCAGCCCAAGUUGGUGUGAUCGAAUACUAUUCCGGACCCAGUCUGAUUAUUUAAAAUAUGAAAAGAGAGCCAAAGAGGCGGAAGAAUCGAGAAAGAGAGACGAAGAGAUGAAAAAUCUGGGUCUAGAUAAAGCUGCUGAGGACGAUGAUGUGCUUUUUGACUACGAUCCGGACCAGGAUGCAGACUAUGACCCACAAGCAGAUGGCACGGCGGACAACGCUACAAGAAACGAUGCACAGAGCGAGGAUUCUAUCGCUCUCUUGGAGUAUACAUCACAUCAGAAUAUCGUCUCUUCAGAUCAUAAGCCAAUCCAUGCCGAUUUUGAAAUUACGCUUGAUGUCGUGAUUCCGUCGUUGAAAGCAAAGAUUCAUCAAGAAGUUGCUCGAGAACUGGACAAGGCCGAAAAUGAAGCCCGCCCCGAUAUAACUAUCGUGGUAGAUCAGCAUUCGGAAGCCCGUCGGGGUAGCUCCGACUCUAGCGAUGCUACCUCGCAACCAGAUACUGUCAACUUUGGUAAAGUGAGGUACGAUGUUCCUACGUCACGGAGUUUGACCCUAGCGAACACGGGUGGUGUACCUGCAACGUUUGGAUUCCAUUAUAAUCCAUCCAUCUACGCAUCAGGCUCUUAUUCUUCGCCGCCAUGGUUACAGCUGCGCGUGGACUGGCCCGUUGAUAAUGCUAGCGUGGACGAUAAAUUACCAAAAGAAUACACACUCCAGCCAGGUGACUCUGCCAAUGUUCGUUUGACAAUGUGUAUUUCCGACAUUAAAUUUGUGCGGGACCUCAACGAGGGCAAGGCCAUAAUUGACGACAUCCUUGUGCUGCGCGUGACCGAUGGGCGAGAUCAUUUCCUGUCUGUUCGUGGUCACUGGUUACCAUCAUCAUUUGGCUUCUCCCUUGAAGAACUUACUCACAUACCCGAACAAGGUGUCCGCGCCUUUAACGAAGCACGAGGUUUUUUAGGAGAGAAUAAAUCUAAUGCUAGGUCCUCUGGUCCCCGUGAGCUAUUCAAGUUAACAGAGGCGAUAGCGGAGCACACCGAGCGGUCUAUUGCUGAGUGGGGGAUGGUUUCUAGCGAUGCUAGCCCCAAUGAUUCUGGUGCUCCAUGGGAAGCUAGCAAGAAGUACGGCUGGCCGUUCAAUCCGCAAACUUGGUCAUUAGACAAUGUCAGUGAAAGACAAAAAUUGCUGGUAGGCGUGAGAGAGGCCAUUGAUACGAACUCCCCUUUCUCUGAACACUUCCCAGCGAAUCUUCCAUAUAAACAUCGUACAGAGCUACUUGCUGAGACUCUCGUUACUUUCCUCCGGUGUUUGCGUGAUGGUAUCAUCACAGAGCGACUCUGGGCCGAACUGGACGGGCAGCAAAAGCUUCUGCGGGAUAAGACGAGGCAACAGGAGCCGCUAUCUACUGAACAGAUACAGUCGUUCAUAUUAGAAACACUCUCGUCGUCUCCCUCCCACAGCGUGUCUUUCACGUUUUUCACAUUCAUGCUGAAUCGCAUUGCCAACGAAAUCGCCCCAAUUACACCUAUGCCCAUACCUACUUCUACUACAGCUCCUGAGAAAACGCCGACAGUACCACCAAUUCCUAGCUCAGGAGGGUCAUCGGCACCCGCCCCUUCAUCCCAGUCCUCACUUCCUACUAGACAACCAUCUCUUUCAUUCCCAUUCCGACUGCGUGGCCGCAAUGGUACAUUGCCUGGCAAGAAUGAUGCGGGUAGUUCAACCUCUACCGCCCAGAUAAACCCGUCAGUCACGAGAAGGGAAGCACUUAACGACUCGUAUGCUUCCAUAUUUGCUACCGCGAUGUUUUCAUCCUCCAUUCCAACUCCAGAUAAGGAGAAAGACCGGAGAUCAUGGGAGGAACGGAAGAAGGGGAUUAUAGAACCCUUCUUGUAUGUUGAUACUAGCUAA